GAGUUGAUGCUGCUUGUAAAGCACAUGGCGGCGGCUCGCUCUGGUCUACAGUCAAACUUAUUAGUAGUACAGCGUGUAAUUUGAUAGUCACGACUGGGGAGCUUGAUUAGUUAUCUUUAAACUGUCAGAAAUCUGAAUAACUGGAAGUUCGGUUCACCUUUCACAGGAAUUGUGAAUCUUUUAUUUCAGUUAGAAUAAAAAUGUCGCAAGAAAGUCUGCAUGGGAAAUGGGAUAUCUCAAGCAGUGAUGAAGAGGACUGCCCACCAGUAAGAAAAAACUUUCAGUCUUCAAAGUGUUCAAAUGUGCCGAUUACAAGUAAAAGAGAGUUUUCCAAGAAUAAUGCUGAAAAAUCUCUGGCAAAUCAAGGGAUACCUCUUUGUGUUAAAAAUGAAAGAGAUUCUUCUGCCAAUAUGAUGACAAAUUAUAGAAUGGAAGAAAGACCCAAGGAGCAAUUUCCAACAAAUACACAAACUAUACAGUCCAGUUGGAAUUCUGAGGAGAACAAUAUAGUUGCUUCAGUUAAGCAGAACAUAUGCAAAUCAGAACCUUCAUGGCAGAGGUCACCUUCAGUCAAAAGAAAAAAUGAGCAGACAGACUCUGGCUGGUGCUUGUCAAGUAGUGAUGAGGAAUCUGCUGAGGAGCACAAAGACAGAUCAGUGAAAACACAAAAUCCACCAUCUAAAAAAGUGAAGUAUGAAAGCGAGAGCUUUUCCAGUGACUUUAAAGAUCUGAGCAAGGAUGAUUUUGACAGCUGUUUCCGCGCCUUUCAUGAGACCAAUUCAUUCAGGUUUUAUCUUACCAAAGUCACUGGCCUUCAAAAUGAACACAACUGUAGUGCAUUGCAUAUAAAAGACAUACUUUCACCUUUGUUUGGAACCCUUAAAUCUUCUGUCCAGUUUAACUACUGCAUUGAUAUUAACUGGCUCAUUCAACAAUAUCCAUUAGAGUUCAGGUCAAAGCCUCUGCUAAUUGUUCAUGGAGAGAAACGAGAAUCUAAGGCCAGACUUCAUGAAGAGGCACAUCCUUAUGAAAAUAUUCGCCUGUGCCAGGCAAAGCUGGACAUAGCUUUCGGAACUCACCACACGAAGAUGAUGCUUCUGUUGUAUGAAGAAGGCUUUCGAGUUGUAAUUCAUACUGCAAACCUGAUCAAAGCAGACUGGCACCAGAAAACACAAGGAAUUUGGAUGAGUCCACUAUAUCCUAAGUUACCAGAAGGCAGCUGUGAGACAUCUGGGGAAUCUAACACAAACUUCAAACAUGAUUUAAUCGAAUACCUUUCAUCAUAUGGUUCUCCCACACUCAAUGAAUGGACAAAUAUUAUCAAAGAAUAUGACUUGUCAGAAACCAGAGUUUACCUAAUUGCUUCUACGCCAGGACGAUUUCAAGGUGCCCAAAAGGAAAAUUGGGGACUUCUUAAAUUUAGAAAGCUAUUACGUGAAUAUGCAAAACCAAUUCCUGGAGCUGAAUCUUGGCCUAUUAUAGGGCAGUUCUCAAGCAUUGGGUCAAUGGGGGCAGACAAAACUAAAUGGCUGACUUCAGAAUUCCAACACAGUCUGGUGACACUUGGGAAAGAUGUCAAAUCCACUACAAACCAUGAAUGUCCUCUUCAUUUGGUCUACCCAACUGUAGAAAAUGUCAGGACAAGCCUGGAAGGAUAUCCAGCUGGCGGUUCUUUGCCAUACAGUAUUCAAACGGCACAAAAGCAACUGUGGCUGCAUUCCUAUUUUCAUAGUUGGUCUGCAGAUAUCACUGGGAGAACUCAUGCUAUGCCCCAUAUAAAGACAUACAUGAGAGUGUCUCCAGACUUCAAAGAACUUGCAUGGUUUCUUGUUACAAGUGCCAAUCUUUCAAAAGCCGCCUGGGGAGCAAUGGAGAAGAAUAACACCCAACUGAUGAUUCGAUCAUAUGAACUUGGUGUUCUGUUUUUGCCAUCAACAUUUAAUGUGACAGCGUUUUCAAUUGAGAAGACACCAUUUUUGGGAGCUAAGAGCACAUCCUUGUCUUUUCCAGUUCCAUUUGACCUGCCUCCACAAAAAUACACAAGCAAAGAUAAGCCCUGGAUAUGGAACAUUCCAUACACUUCUGCUCCAGAUACCAAUGGGAAUAUCUGGGUUCCAUCAUAAAUAUCAUAUUCUCAUUUUAACCGAAUGCAGUAAAACACAAUUUGUUUUGGAAUGUUAAAAUAGCAUUAAUAAGUGUUCAGUGAAACAAGCACUUGCCUCAUGAUGAUAAUGUAGAUCAAAUUAAAUACAUAAUCAGUUUAUAAAUAACCAAA